GAGGGGGAAGUGCGCAGGCCGCGGAGCGUGUGGCGCCUGCGAGAACGUACCUGGGCACCUUAGUAAAAGCAGCCUUCCAUGCUGGGGUCCAACAUCGUGGCGUGAACUGGCCGCCCCAAUAGCGAGUGCAUUGUACUUUGCAUCUUUGGGGAAAUCUUUAUAAAAAGUCUUAAUCGUAAGGCGUUCUUUAAAUGCCCAGAGUACGGUUGAAGCUUAAGGACCGAAUUUGGAAGUUUCCUAUCAAGCUAUUUCCCAAGACUUUACUGCUGAGCCUAAGUACUUGUGUGUCAGGAAAGAAAUUCAGGCAUCUAGAUGCAGACUUUUAUCCAGGAACUUGGGGUUGUGUCUGUUCAGCCAGAACCUGGGCUCACGAGCUCAGUCUCGGGCCCUGAUCUGUGAACAGGUUGGUGCUUAUGCUUGCUACUUUCCAUUCGAUGGGGUCCGGAGAAUGGCCUGCCUUCUCUAAAGGAUAUUAAACUUUUUAAUAUAAUUGAUUGGACUGCUUGAACCAUCAGGAUAUUGGGAGGAACUUCCGAAUUUUCAUUUUUAAAGAAACUCAAUGUAUGAGAAAUUUACAGGAUGGAGAAUGAAAAGGAAAACCUCUUUUUUGAGCCACAUAAAAGGGGAUUGAUGAAAACACCUCUGAAAGAAUCCACUGUAGCAAACACAGUGUUGACAGAGAUCCAGCCUGACUUUGGCCCUUUAACCACACCCACCAAGCCCAAGGAAAUCUCCCAGGGAGAACCAUGGACACCAACAGCCAACCUGAAAAUGCUCAUCAGUGCUGUGAGCCCUGAGAUCCGCAACAGAGAUCAGAAACGGGGGUUGUUUGACAACAGAAAUGGAUUACCUGAGCCCAAAGAUUGUUUACACGAACACUUAUCUGGAGACGAAUAUGAGAAAUCCCAACCGAGUCGAAAAGAGAAAAGUUUAGGAUUGUUGUGUCAUAAGUUCUUAGCACGAUAUCCUAAUUAUCCUAACCCUGCGGUGAAUAAUGACAUCUGUCUUGACGAAGUAGCUGAGGAACUUAAUGUUGAGCGUCGGCGCAUUUAUGAUAUUGUGAAUGUCCUAGAGAGCUUACAUAUGGUAAGCCGCCUUGCCAAAAACAGGUACACUUGGCAUGGGCGACAUAAUCUCAACAAAACCCUUGGGACUUUGAAAAGCGUCGGGGAGGAAAACAAGUACGCCGAGCAGAUUAUGAUGAUCAAAAAGAAAGAGUAUGAACAAGAAUUUGACUUUAGUAAGAGUUACAGUAUAGAGGAUCAUAUCAAAGCAAACACUGGCCAAAACGGACACCCAGACAUGUGUUUUGUCGGACUCCCUGGAGUGGAAUUUCGGGCAGCUUCUGUAAACAGCCGCAAAGACAAGUCUUUAAGAGUGAUGAGCCAGAAAUUUGUGAUGCUGUUUUUGGUGUCAUCGCCUCAGAUAGUAAGCCUAGAAAUUGCUGCCAAGAUUUUAAUUGGGGAGGACCAUGUGGAAGAUUUGGAUAAAAGCAAGUUUAAAACAAAAAUAAGGAGGCUGUAUGAUAUAGCUAAUGUUCUGAGUAGCCUGGAGCUUAUCAAGAAAGUUCAUGUUACAGAGGAAAGAGGUCGAAAACCAGCUUUUAAAUGGACAGGCCCAGAAAUCAGUCCAAAUCCCAGUGGUCUCAGCCCUGUCAUUUCUUUCUCCCCCUCAGAUUUGGAAGUGAGGCAGUCUUCAAAAGAGAACUGUGCCAAAAACCUCUUUUCCACACGCGGGAAACCAAACUUCACUCGACACCCAUCUCUUAUCAAACUGGUAAAGGGCAUAGAAAGUGAUCGGAGAAAGAUAAAUUCUGCUCCCAGUAGCCCUAUCAAGACCAACAAAGCUGAGAAUUCUCAGAAUUCUUCACUUUUCCCAAAUAAAAUGGCUCAGCUUGCAGCUAUUUGCAAAAUGCAGUUGGAAGAGCAAUCAAGUGAACACAGAAAGGAAGUCCAAGUACAGCUGGCAAGAUCCGGGCACUGCAAACCAUUGGCCCCUCUGGACACCCCAGUGAAUGCUGAGUUGGAGCUGAAGGCACCUUCCCUCAUCCAGCCCCUGGGGGUGGUCCCCCUGAUCCCCAGCCCAUUGCCAUCGGCAGUGCCCGUGAUCCUACCUCAGGCCCCUUCGGGCCCAUCGUAUGCCAUCUACUUACAGCCCGCCCAAGCCCAAACCAUGACACCGCCCCAAGGCUUGAGUCCAACAGUCUGCCCUAGCCCUUCUUCUAAAGCUACAAGCUCAAAAGAUUCCACAGAUGUCACCACUGAGAAGGCAGCCAAUGAUGCCACAAAGGCCAGUGUCUCCACCAGGCCUGGAAGCCUGCUGCCAGUGCUGGAGAGACAAGGUACACAGACCCAAGACGGGGAAUCUGCUGGAGAAAAAGGCUUAAAGAGGACAAGCGUGCUCGAGGAUAGUGGUUGCAAAAAGAAAUUUAAAGAGGACCCAAAAGGACUUGAAAAUGUCUCCACAACCGUGUUCCCAUCGGGAUACCUAAUCCCUCUCACCCAGUGCUCACCCCUGGGGGCAGAGUCCAUUUUGCCUAGUAAAGAAAACUCAGGUACACUUUCCCCAAACCACAGGAUCUACAGCUCCCCAAUCGCAGGUGUUAUUCCAGUGACAUCAUCUGAACUCACUGCUGUUAAUUUUCCCUCUUUUCAUGUAACACCUUUGAAGCUAAUGGUCUCACCAACUUCCAUGGCAGCCGUACCUGUAGGGAACAGCCCAGCUCUCACUUCAAGCCACCCCUUUCCAAUGCAGAACCCAAGCUCAGCCAUUGUAAACUUCACGCUGCAGCACUUGGGACUCAUCUCCCCCAGUGUGCAGGUGUCUGCCAGCCCCGGGCCCGGAACUGUUCCCUUGUCUCCAAGAAUAGAGGUUGUUAGUGUCAUACCAGAAAAUGCAAGCACUCAGCAAGGGAGGGCCACCAGGUAUGACUCUCCAGUCCCAGGCCAGAACCAACCAAAUGGACACUCCAUUGCUGUGACAGGGGCACAACAGCCUGUUCCCGUGACACCCAAAGGAUCACAAUUAGUGGCCGAAAGUUUCUUCCGUACCCCAGGUGGACCAAUGAAGUCAAUGGGCUCAUCCUGUGUGGAUUUCGAUGGUGCUAAUAAAACCUCCAUAGGAACUCUCUUUGUCCCACAGCGGAAACUGGAAGUCUCAACAGAGGAUGUUCAUUAAUUGACGGAUUUGGCUUCAUUUAAUUUUCUAAAGAGUUGUUUAAUAGAGAAGAUGUACUCAGAAUGGUUUGGAGAACACAUUCUCUGAAAAUAUUAUAAAUACGUUGAGUGUUUACUUAAUUUCAAAACACACGUUUUUGUACUUAAAUGCACACACAUUACAUAUAUGUAUAUAUAUAUUUGUAUGAGGCUAAAUUCAGCCAUUAGUCCUAAAAAAUAAAAGUAAAAUGUUAAACUAAGGUAUAUUAACUUUUAGGGGGAAAGAAUUAAUUAUUUCACCUGUGCCUACACUAUUAUGCAAAGUGACUGUAUUAAAGUUUACGUCCCUUUAAGUGAAUGUGUGAUAUGCCUAACGCAGCAUUCUCGUAAAUUUUGCACAAAGAAAAACGCUGUGAUGUAUAAUGUAUUUUUAAAUAGGAAGGCUAUAGGUAUAUUUUUUUGUAAUUUUAAUGUGUUGUUGCAGUAUGUCUUUUUGUAAAGUUCGCAACAAUUCUCAAUCAAGUCUAUGGAAAAAUUAUUUAUAAAAUGUAUUUUUAAUCAUAAGUUUUUGAAAUUAAAACUUUUUCUAAAAUGUA